UAGGAUCUCCCCCUCCCCACUUGUCUUCCUUCCCCCAAAAACCAAAGAGCUGCUGGCGAAAGCCGAGGUGAUGCGACGCCCACCUUACUUCUCUCUUGCUGGCGCCCUGCCCGCCGACCCCGACACUUCGGUCUUUUUGGGGAGCCCCCGGCCCGGCUCGGAGGAGAACUCCUGGGGACGGUGCCCCGCUGGGGGGCCCGAGAGCCUGGGCAGGCAGCGAGCUUGCGGUCGCGCUCCGUGCCCCCCCUGUCCGCGCGGGGAUCGCGGCUCCCCCUUGCUGGCCCCGAAUUGCGGGCGCAGGGCUUGAGAAGCGGCGCGGCAGGUCUUUGGAGGAUCGGGAUGCCCCAACCCUGGCGCUGGGAAAGAGAAGGAGGCACCAUGGCUUCUGCUCCGGCCGGGACCAAGCGAAGCCCAAGCCUGCGCCGUUCGGCGCUGCUGCUGCUGCUGCUGGCCGUCUUCGUUGGAGUGGUGGAGAGCCGAGGUGGGACUGUCGACAGCCUGCAAAGAUUUGCGAGCUCACCGGUCUAUCUCCCUGUGAAUUACCACCUCUCCAACACCGAGGUAUCCUUUUUCCUCAAAGAGACCAACCAAGAGAUCGUGAGAAAUGCCAGCUUGCAAUCCCGCACGGAGCCAUUCCUGGUUUACAAAACCACCCGCUUGCCUGUCUUAAAUGUGACUUAUGGCCCUUUCGCUGUGGAGCAGAUGAUGCCUCCGCACCUGUGGCCGACCUCGCCUCUGUUCGGUUUCCCUGACCGGUUCACUUUUCAUUGGAAGUUACAAUCCCGCAUUCUGGACAGCUCAGUGUAUUCCAGCAGGCCCAAAGUCCAGGUUUUGUUUUAUGUGGCUGGCAAAGAUUGGGAAGAGCAUGACCCAGCUGAGAUCUUACCAUGUGUACAGUUGGUGGCUUCCCGGGAGGACAGAGUAGUUGUUGGCAACUGUCGGUUGAAAGGUCAUCUGGGGUUAUGUGUGGCAGAACUGGAGUUCCCACCGGCUUGGUUCAACUCAGAGUUGUCCACUCCAUUGACACCAUUGUCUUCAGAGUACCAAGAGAUGGAGGACUCCUGGGAAGGGAUCGCCGUGGAGCUUUUCUGUUGGAUGUACGCAGCAGCGGAAGAAGAUUGUCCUUCAGGAGAUCCAGAUCUGGAGAGCUUUCUUCGUCCAGGAGGCCAGGGUGAGGCCCAAGGGCCUGUGGCCUCGAUGGAAAGAGUCGGCAGUGUUAUUCUUUAUCCGACUCCGGACAAGCUCAAGAAGUCAUCCCUGAAGCUUGACAAUAACCUUCUCCUCUGCUUGCCCCUUGGCCCAGUCAAGGAAGGCGAUCUUGUCAUGUUUCACAUCUCUCUCACCAGUGGCUCUCUAGCAGAUCAGUUUACCCUAAAAGUAAAGGCUGCCCCAGGUGUGAAGAUCAUCGACAUACGAGUCAUUGAUCCACACCGGUGGCAAGUUCAACAAGAUGUUGACAAUGGACGGACACAGACGACAGCUACCAUUGUGUGCGAGCGCAUUGAUCCCCAUACCGAGAACUGGAUCAACAUAACUUCUUACGAGAUCUUUCAAAUGGAUUUUGAAAUCGACAACAGCAGUGAGUUGGCUGGAGCCCAACAAAUCACCUGGCAGGUCGAGUACCCUCGAGAUGAGGCUGCAAGUGAGCUGGUGGUCUCCGAGAUCUUUGUCAGCCAAUCCAUGUUCAUGGGAAUUGUUCCACUUGCAAUGGAUACAGAAGUCCUCAACACGGCCAUUCUGACGGGCAAGCCAGUGUCCAUCCCUGUGAAAGUGGUUGCUGUUGAAGAAGAUGGAUCCAUUAGAGACAUCUCCAGCUCCACUGAAUGCAAAUCAGCUGAUGAAGAUGUCCUCAAGGUCUCAGGCAACUGUGAUGCCAUCUUUGUGAAUGGGAAGGAAAUGAAAAGCAAAGUGGAUGCCAUUGUGAACUUCACCUACCAGCAUUUUACCACUCAGCUAGAAAUCACUGUAUGGGUUCCACGGCUCCCAUUACAAAUUGAGAUCUCCGAUACUGAACUGAGCCAGAUCAAAGGUUGGAGAAUUCCCGUCACCUCCAACAAAAGGCCCACCCGUGAUAGCGAUGAGGAAGAGGAUGAUGAGAAGAAGGGCAAAGGUUGCACCCUCCAGUACCAACAUGCGAUGGUGCGUGUCCUGACCCAGUUUGUGGCGGAAUCAUCUGACCUCGGAGGACAGCUGACCUACCUGCUUAGCUCUGAAUGGCAGUUUGACAUCACAGACCUGGUGGCUGACUUCAUGAAAGUGGAAGAGUCCAAAGUAGCCAAGCUACAAGGGGGCCACAUUUUGAUUGGUCGUGAGCAAGGGAUUACGACUGUUCAGGUCCUUUCUCCUCUGUCUGAUUCCAUUCUGGCCGAGAAGACCGUGAUUGUACUGGAAGACAGAGUGACCAUCACGGACCUCGGAAUACAACUGGUUGCAGGGCUGUCCUUGUCUCUCCAGACAAAUAAAGGGAAUAAGAGAUUGAUGGUGGCCACAGCCUCUGCUUUGGAUAUUCUUCAUGCCGCUAAACAGGAAGCGUUGCUCAGCACUUGGCUUUUAUUUAGCGAUGGAACCGUGACCCCUUUAGAUAUCUACGACCUGAAGGAUUUCUCCCUGGUGGUCACCUCACUGGAUGAAAUGGUGGUGUCUGUCCAUCAAAGGCAGGAAGACGACUGGCCAAUAGUGGUGGCCGAAGGCGAAGGCCAAGGACCAUUGAUUAAAAUAGAACUGGUGAUCAGUGAAGCAUGCCAGAAGUCCAAGCGGAAAAGUAGCUUGGCUGUUGGGAAAGGGAACAUCAAGGUGAAAUUUGGUCGAAAGACAUCCGAGCACAAGAAUGGCAAAGAUGCAGAGAGUGGUUUUAAAAGCAAUUCGAUAGAAAGCUCCCUGGAAGGGCAGGACUGGUCCAUGAAUCGGGAUGAGUUGACCAAUCCAAACGCAAGCUCUAAGUCUCCCAUCCAUCCAAUUAAUUCUGAUGGAGAGGAACACCUUCAAAACAAUUCUCUUACCUCUACGAGCUUUCCCACCCAAGAGGCUGUCCCAAGACAGAAUAACCCCAGCGACCUCACUUUGAUUUCCAGGGGUUUAACCGAUCUGGAGAUCGGGAUGUACGCCCUUCUUUGCGUCUUCUGUUUAGCCAUCUUGGUCUUCUUAAUCAACUGUGUGGCAUUCGCCUGGAAGUACCGCCACAAACGGUUCACCAUCAGCGAGCAAGGGAACAUCCCCCACUCCCAUGACUGGGUGUGGUUGGGCAACGAGGUUGAGCUGUUGGAGAGCCCCGUGGACAUUUCUCUCCCCUCUGAUGAAUGCACCACCAUCCUGGACCGUGGAAUGCUUUUUGAAGAGAACAACUUCCUCCUCAACGGAAGUUCUCAGAAGAGCUUCCACAACCAAAUCCUUCGGUCUUCUGACUACGAUUGCGACAAGGACUUCAGAAAUGAACCAAUAAACCCUCCCGGGCCCAAGCGGAAGAGGGUUAAAUUCACCUCCUACACCACCAUCCUGCCUGAAGAUGGUGGCCCUUACACCAAUUCCAUUCUCUAUGACAGUGAUGACAAUAUCAAAUGGGUAUGCCAAGAUAUGAACUUAGGGGAUUCCCAGGAAUUUAGAGACUAUAUGGAAAGACUUCAGGACCAUAUGUAAAACACACACACACACACACACACACAGACACAACACAGACAAACACACACAUAGACAAACACCUAUACAUAUAUAAAUAUAUAUAAAACAAAAACACAAUUAUCUUUUUAUGUUUGUAUUCACCUUUAUGCCUUCUGUUUUAUGGACAAUGGAGCCGCAAAACCCAGCCAGUGAUGGGGGCAACACUUCUCCAGAUUGAGGAGAUCUGGGGUGGGGGGCUCAUGAUGGCCAUGAGAUGGAAACCCCGGCUGUGUUUCUCUUUCAUUGGAUACCAAACAGCUACCUACGAAUCUCGGAAAAACACAAUGAACAUUUUUUUUUUGUACACCACCAGAAACUUUGCGAUAGCCAAUCCUGUUCAGCUCGAGACAAAGAAGAUGGGUUGGUCCGUUAACGUUUUUCACAUGUUGGAAAAAAACA